GCCACUGUCGCCGCAGUUCCCUCCACUCUGGUGGCCCCGCGGCCCUGCGGGGAGUCCGGGGGUCGGCUGGACGCUCGGACUUGGUGCAGGGCCGGCCCCGCCUCUCCCUUCUUCAGUGGGGCCUAGACGGUCGGGGCCGCGGUGACAUGGAGCCCUCUCCUGCCACGGGGGGCUCGGAGACCACUCGCCUGGUGAGCCCCCGGGACCGCGGCGGCGCCGGUGGCGGCCUGCGCUUGAAGAGUCUCUUCACAGAGCCCUCGGAGCCCCUCCCUGAGGAACCCAAACCUGCGGAGAUGCCCCUCCACCACUGCCACAGGGACCCCAUGCCACAGGCGGGCCUCACCCCUGAGAGGCUGCAGGCACAGAGGCAGCUGUGUGCCGCCUGUGCUGUGUGCUGCGUCUUCAUGGCCGGGGAGGUAGUCGGUGGGUAUUUGGCACACAGCCUUGCCAUUAUGACCGAUGCCGCCCACCUGCUGGCGGAUGUGGGCAGCAUGAUGGGCAGCCUCUUCUCCCUUUGGCUCUCGACCCGGCCCGCCACCCGCACCAUGACCUUUGGCUGGCACCGCUCAGAAUGGCCUUUGUGCUGCACCAGGCCGGGCCCCCCCACAGCCACGGGUCUAGGGGGGCAGAGUAUGCGCCGCUGGAGGAGGGGCCAGGGGAGCCCCUGCCCCUGGGGAACACCAGCGUCCGGGCAGCCUUUGUGCAUGUGCUGGGGGACCUCCUGCAGAGCCUUGGGGUACUGGCCGCCUCUGUCCUCAUCUACUUCAAGCCUCAGUACAAGGCAGCUGACCCCAUCAGCACCUUCCUCUUCUCCAUCUGUGCCCUUGGAUCCACAGCUCCCACCCUCCGAGAUGUUCUUCGUGUCCUCAUGGAAGGUUCCCCCCGAAGUGUGGGGUUUGAGCCCGUGCGGGACACACUGUUGUCCGUGCCAGGAGUCCGGGCAACUCAUGACCUGCACCUGUGGUCCCUUACGCUCACUUACCACGUUGCCUCCGCACACCUGGCUAUUGACUCCACGGCUGACCCUGAAGCUGUCCUGGCUGAAGCUACAUCCCAGCUCCACUCCCGGUUUGGAUUCUCCAGCUGUGCCCUGCAGGUUGAGCAGUACCAGCCCGAGAUGGCCCAGUGCCUGCUCUGCCGGGAGCCCCCCCAAGCCUGAGCCGAAGCCCUGCCCUCACCCCACUGCCAGGCCCUGGCUCAGCCCCAGAUUCUCAGUCCCUGCCUCCCCGCUCUCAGAAAAGGGACAGAACUGGGCCCAUACUCCUUCCUCUCUCCCUCCUUCCACCUGCCAACACCCAGCCCCCCAGUCCCCCAGCCCCCCAGCCCCGGUGGGCAAGACCAAAGUGGGUGUGUGUCUGGGGGAGGUGGUCUGAAUGGGAAUCAAUCGGUAGGGGUGUGUAUGAGUCCCUCCGUCCCCACUCUACGCUCUGGGGAGCGCAAGCGUCCUUCCCAUGCAGUUCAUCUGUGCGUGUGGCAGGCUGGCUGGCUGGCUGGGGGCAUCUGCCUGUCUGUGUGCUGUUGGUGUGCCUAUGCCUGGGGGAGGUCAGCAGGGGCCCCCUCCCCACGUGGCCCUCGCUCUGUCUAUGCAGGAGCCCCAAAGCCCGCACUUUGUCUGUGUGUUCAAGCCCUGUGGUUUUGUCUCCGUGUGUGUGUGUUUCUUGGUGCUGUGGCCUCUGUCGUGUGUGUGUCUCCGUGCCUAUGUGGCUGUGCUAUGGUCUCUCUGAGUCUGCACCAUCCGUGUGUCCUUUCGGGGGUCUGUCUGUCCAUCCCUCUGUUGGUGCUGUGCCCUCGGCUAUCCCAGAGAGAGGGAGGACUCCGCUGCAGCUCCACCAAUAAACUUGUGUCUAACUGCAUCUCUCA